CCCCCCAAAACACCUUUUCCCUUCCUGCAAGAGAGAAAAAAAAACACCUUCCCUGUCAAAAUUACUACCCCUCCUCUCGUCCGACGGCGGCAGAGGGCACCGACUCCGACCUUCGCCGCCCCUGCCUCGCCCGUCUUUUGAUCGGAGCCAGACCGCCGGAAUCGGUAGGUUGAUUCGCGCUUGCUAGAUUCAGGCCGCGUCUUCGUCAAAAGGCUGAUUGUCUCUCAACCAGGCUUCGCAAGGGCAGAGCAGCAGGGGCAGAUCCAGGCAAUGGAGACUCACCACCACUCCGUCGCCGACGGGCGCGACGUCGACGGCCCAGCCUCGUGGACAGCAAUUCGCCACCGGCUGUCCCGGGAUUUCAUACUGAGGCACGAGGAGGCGCGGGUGCGAGCCGCGGAGGCCCAGGCCGCCCUAAACGGGGACCACUGGGAGUGGGACGACGACGGCUCGUAUGUCGUCAUCGAUCCGGCCUCCAUGAAGGCCAUGGUGGCCAUGGAGACGCCGAAGGUGGGCGAGACGAGGGAGCAGGGCUGCGCGGUGUGCCUCGAGGGUUUCGUGUCCGGUGGCGAGAAGCUGAGGAUGAUGCCCUGCUCCCACUCCUUCCACCAGAGAUGCAUCUUCGACCUGCUCCUCCGUAGCCGGUUCUGCCCAGUCUGCCGUUUCGAGAUGCCUCCCCUGUCCGCUGACGAGCCGGAGCCGGUGGCUGAGAAAGCCGCUACGACAUCUGAACAAGUUGGCAGCAACUCAACUGGAGAAUGCCCAUCCACUGAGUGA